AUGUUUCAUUUCCAACACACUAUUUUGGGGACGACCUGCUGGGAUGCUCGAUUUUCGACAAAGCAGACUUACGACACGGGGAAUGGGAAUCUCGAAAACAACGAGAACGAAGACCGAAGCGCCACGAAGAAAUCUUGUAACCUCUGGAAAGGGGAGUGUAUGUAUGGCGCACAACGAUCGACCGACUGGGUCCGUUGGCGCUGUGGCUGGCUUCAAGGAAGAAUAGAUGGAGAUGAUGAGGGAGAGAAGGUGGAGGAAGUGGAUAUUCGGCAGGGAACCUAUGUAUUGUGGCAGCCAUGCUCAUCACUUUCCAAUCCUCCGAGUCCCUCGAAUCAACAACCCAGAGAUGGAAGAACUCUCGCUUUCUCGUUCCAUGGUAGCGUUCGAGUGGGACAGUGGUCCGGCGUAGGACUGAAGCAAAAGUGGUGCGAAGAAGGCGAGAUGUGUAUUGUAUGGGGAACAGAAUAUCUGCCAGGAUGCAACAAUGGAAGUGGAGAUCAUCCCCACGUCAACUGCAAUUCAAAAUGA